UCAUCCCUUCCUCUCUGUUUCUUUGCUUUCUUGGGAAAAGCUUGGCCUCCACUUGUUUUCCGAAACAUGAUUCAAGAUCGGAGCUGUCAACUAGAGCUUUGCUGAGCUUGCUGAGAGACCCCCCCUUCACUUUCCUUUCGGGAACGAAGAAGAAAGACUGAAACUUUAGUUGGCAUUGCGUUGUUCCGAACCAAAAGCCCUUGAACCUUGCUGCUCUAUCAUGGAGGCUCUGGAGAAACACUUAUCCUGGAGACUCUGGAGCAUGGACACUAGUGUUUCUCCAGUUGUUUCCAUCAUUCGGCUUUCAGCGGGUUUCGGGCCUUGUGUGGAGGGGUCCUCAUGCUCACUAGCGGUCAGUGUCUCGGCGGAAAGCAACCGAGAUUUUCCAAAGCGAAACUUGCUUUUUUUGGAAAUUUUUGACGACUCCGCUCCGACUCGGUUCGGCCCCACGGAGAUCUUGGCGGGAGGAUCUCAAAAAUGCCUGCGAUCCGCUUGGACGGCAUCUUUGUCGACGAAGUCCCAACAGACGCCAAGUAUCUCGACUACCUCCAGCGCAUAACAGACACUGUACGAUCCGGCUUUACUGAGGUUGCAUCUCGCCGGAGCCAUUGCAGCAACAAAAGCAACAACAACAACGACAACAGUUCUUUGUCAGCACCAUCAGCAUCAUCGCCAACAUCCUCAACAACAGGACCAGGCAUCGUGAUCCACAACCCAGGCAUCUUCCCCUCGUCCGACUCGUCCGACGCCUUCUUCUCGCCUCGCCUGGUUGAUUACGUGGUGGUGUUCGAGAACUGCCUCGCCGCCUGGUGGGACUCGGGUGACUAUGUCAGCGCUAACCUCGCUCUCUUGACACCCGAGAAGCGGGCGAAAGCGAUAGCUGUUGCUCACACUUGCGGCUGUGGUCCAAAAAGUCAGGCAGGUGGUAUCAGUGGCGGCCGCCCCCAGCAGCAAGAUUCAGAAGGUCAUCACACCGACGGGGAGAAGGCCGAAAACAGCGAAAAGGAUGCGAUCAAGAAGAACGUACAGAACUUCUUGAACGAGGUGGUCACACAACAUAAACUUGCCGGACACUUUGCCACGUCUGCUACCGACUAUGCGACGUGGUGCUCGGGUUGGGAAGGCUAUGUGGAGGUGGCGUGUGACUUGGCGGCAGCAACAUGUUAAUGGGCGAGGCCAGUGAGGCCGGUGAGGGAGGGCUUCAUGGCUGAAU